AUGGAGAUCUUCACAGCAUCACUGGCUUGCUUGAACGCGGGGCUGCUGGUGGGCUGGAGCUCGCCCGUGCUGCCACAUCUGAUGAGCAAUGCGUCGCACAUCGCCGUCUCGGCGGAUGAGAGCUCGUGGCUGGGGUCGGUGGGACUUCUUAGUAUGGUGGCGCCCUCGCUGCUGGCCGCCGUCCUAGUGGACAUCGUGGGCCGCCGAAGGCUGCUGCUGGCCGCCGCACCGCCCUUCCUGGUGAGCGCCGUCUGGCAGCGGUUCGCCUCCACCUACUGGGAGCUGCUCACCGCCCUCUGCAUAGGCAGCAUCGGCACCGGCAUCAGCAUCACUACAAUGCCGGUGUACGCAGUUGAAAUUGCGCAGGAUCACACGAGAGGACGGCUGGUGGCAUUCGGUCCACUCAUGAUGAGCGUUGGAGCUCUUCUGAUGACGAUCGUUUCACUCAACGUCUCCUUCUUCUCAGUGACUGAAUUCAUGAUGGCGUGUAGUACUUUGUUUGUGGCGAUUUUCUGGUGGAUGCCAGAAAGUCCCUACUUCCUGGUGGCCAAGCACCGCAAAGAAGAGGCCCUGAAAGCACUGAUGAAGUUGCGGGGAACGUAUUCUGCGGACGAUGCUCUGGACGAGGUACAGCAAAUCCAGAGGGCUGUAGACGAGCGCACACAGCGCGAGAUCAGCGCGGCGGACUCCCUGAGGGAGCUGCGGAAGGACGCCGGCGCUAGAAGGGCUUUUCUGAACACGGGUGGACAACCACGAAAUGCACUGCUGCAGGUGUCUCUGGCUGUCUCUGCGCUGGUGGCACUGUGCGGCUGCGACCCACUGCUGUCGUCCUCGACCAGCUUCCUGGAGGACAGCGGCAGCCCGCUGGACCCCGGUCAGUCCGCGGCGGCGACGAGCGCCGUGCGGGCGGCGUCGGCCUGCGCCUGCCUGCUGCUGGUGUCCUUCGACAUGGGAGGCUACCCGCUGGUGUGGGUGCUGCCAAACGACCUGAUGCCGGCGUCAGCGCGGGCCCUGUGCAACUCGUGCGUCUUCGUCGUGAGCUCAGCGCUGGCCUUCACCCUCACUAAGCUGGCUCAAGUCGUCUCAGAUGCUGGAGCGCCUUUCGCGCCCUUCUGGGUCUUCACUGCUUGCGCCUUGGCUGGGUUCUCCUUCACAUGGUAUUUUAUUCCCGAAACCAAAGGUCGCUCGCUGAUGGAUAUCUCCUCCGAGAUGAACAUCAAAGCGCUUGGACGCCCGCCUAACAAACGUUAUCACUGUCUCUAG